AUGUGGGUACUCGGAUUCAAACCCAUAGACCUCAUUUCUCGAGUGUGGAACUGCAAAAACAUAAUCCAAAGGGAUGUGGAUGUAGGGAAGGUUGAAAAUUGUGUCCAGUUUCACAGUGUGUUAUGCUUUUUUCAAGAAUAUUCUCAAGUUCUUAAAGAAAAACCAACUAUAAAAGAAUUGAAUUAUAUAGAAGUGGAGUGUACAAGACAGCAUUCACUCAUGGGAGAUCAAAUCUGGAGCUGUUGCCCAGAGAGUUGGAAGCCAUUUAGCUCUGAAUGCUACUUCAUUUCAAGUGACUCAGGGUCUUGGAAUGAGAGUAAGGAGAACUGCUCCAGCAUGGGGGCUCACCUGCUGGUGAUCCACAGCAAGGAAGAACAGGAUUUCACCAUGAACCUGGACACUCAUGCUAUUUAUUAUUUGGGGUUGUCAGAUGCAGGUCAUAGACAAUGACAAUGGGUCGAUCAGUCACCAUAUAAUCCAAAUGCCACAUUCUGGCACCCAACUGAACCCAACAAUGUUGAUGAGCAGUGUGUUGUGCUGAAUCAUCCAUUCCGAGGAUGGGGCCGGAAUGAUGUCUUUUGUAGUAGAAGUCACAGGUUUAUUUGUCAGAUGAAGAAGAUGUAUUUAUGA